GCAGACGGUGGAAGCUGCCGGUGGUUAUGCUGCUUGGCUGGGCCCGCAGGUGAGGCACCACCGCUCCGGGACCCCGUUCUCCGCCGGGCUGAGGGGGCGACGGCGGCCGGGGCUGCCUCCCCGUCCGCCUCUCAGCGGGUAGCACGUAGAUCCAGACGGUGACUGUUCUACUGAGGACUGGCAAUUAUUUCUAGUUUGAAGAAAAAGUGAAAUUGGCUCAGAAUGAGUGCAAUGUUGGAAACCCCUGAGCUGCCAGCAGUGUUUGAUGGGGUAAAGCUAGCUGCCGUUGCUGCUGUUCUUUAUGUUAUUGUUCGCUGCUUAAAUUUAAAAAGCCCAACUGCCCCUCCUGAACUCAUUUACCAGGACUCUGCUUUGGCCCGCUUUCUACUCAAAUCCUGCCCACUUCUGACCAAAGAGUACAUUCCACCCCUGAUCUGGGGAAAGAGUGGACAUAUCCAGACUGCCCUUUAUGGAAAAAUGGGGAGAGUGAGAUCACCACAUCCGUACGGACUUCGCAAGUACCUCACAAUGCCAGAUGGAGCAACAGCCACCUUUGAUCUCUUUGAGCCGCAGUCUGAGCACUGCAUUGGAGAGGAUGUCACGAUGGUAAUCUGCCCUGGGAUUGCUAACCACAGUGAAAAGCAGUAUAUCCGCACUUUUGUUGACUAUGCGCAGAAAAAUGGGUACAGGUGUGCUGUCCUGAAUCACUUAGGAGCCUUACCAAAUAUUGAGCUCACUUCUCCACGAAUGUUCACAUACGGUUGCACUUGGGAAUUUGGUGCCAUGGUUAAUUACAUCAAGAAGACCUACCCUCAGACCCAGCUGGUUGUCGUGGGCUUCAGCCUGGGCGGAAACAUUGUGUGCAAAUACCUGGGAGAGAGUCAGGCCAACCAGGAGCGUGUCCUGUGCUGUGUGAGCGUGUGCCAGGGCUACAGUGCACUAAGGGCACAGGAAACCUUCAUGCAGUGGGAUCAAUGUAGAAGAUUUUAUAACUUCCUCAUGGCAGACAACAUGAAAAAGAUCAUCCUUUCUCACAGGCAAGUUCUUUUUGGAGAUAACAUGAAGAAGCCACAAAGCUUGUCAGAUGCUGACCUGAGCAAACUCUAUACAGCAACAUCCCUUAUGCAGAUUGAUGAUAACGUUAUGAGGAAAUUCCAUGGCUACAGUUCCCUGAAGGAAUACUAUGAAGAAGAAAGCUGCCUGCAUUACUUGCACAGGAUCUAUGUUCCUCUUCUGUUGGUUAAUGCUGCUGAUGACCCUCUUGUGCAUGAGAGUCUUCUAUCAAUUCCAAGAGCUCUUUCAGAGAAAAGGGAAAAUGUCAUGCAUGUGCUGCCCCUUCAUGGAGGUCACCUGGGAUUUUUUGAGGGCUCUGUACUAUUCCCGGAACCUCUUACCUGGAUGGAUAAGCUUGUGGUACAGUAUGCCAAUGCCAUCUGCCAGUGGGAGAAGACAAAGUCUCACUGCUCGGAUACAGAGCAGCCUGUAUCUGGCCAGGAGUAAUUGACCCAAAGACUCUGGAUCGCUUCAAUAUAUCUCCCCCUUUGGGAACAUCUUGUUCUCUCACCUGCUGCUUCAGGUUUCCAUUCUCCUUGAUAUCCUAUGGCUGGUGUUUGAUCACAAUAUUUUCUUCCGAAGUUGGAAUUAAAGGAGAGGUUAAUAUCUGGUCAGAGCAUCUUUGCGUAUAUAGCCGCUUGGGUCUGUAACUUACUACUCAGCUUGAAGAAUUAGGUUGCUGACUGUGACUUGUUACAAGGUUAUUGAGCUAAAGACUGGUUACUUUAAUAAAACAGGUCAAAAACUUGAUCUGCAGCUUUUGUUUAGAUGUAGAUGACAGGGUGACUAUGAUUCUGUUCUCCUCUGUCCCGGUGCUGCAAAAACCCUGUACCAAGCCACAAGCCAGUGAGUGGUUCAGGCUUGUAAGCCACUAAAAUGUGGCUUGGAAAAACAGAUGCUUGACUGUAAGUGGAGUUCCAGCCUUGCACCAUCUCAAGGGAAGCCUUUUAGUUCCUAGGAAUGCACUUACACAAGCAAAUUAGUUGAAAAAUACUUAACUUUUCCAUGCUUCAGCUAUCUGUGGAUUGGGGUGUCUUUGUGCUGAGACUCUUGAGUACAGCUGCAGGCUGGCGAUAUCAGUUAAUGUUUCUAUGUAAACAUGUUCUCACACCAAGACCAGAUCAGUCACUUUCUUGGCAUCUUUGCCUCUUUUUAAUUGUAGUCAUCUUUUCAGUACUGGAUUUUUUUGUUUGACCCAGGGCUUUUUAAAGCUGGCUCUGGCUUCCGGACAGAAACCAGUGAUUAAGGAUCUACAGGAUCUUUGUGAGCUCAAUCUGUUUCUAAGAAUAUUUAAUAGCAAAUUAUGUACUCUGUUAGGGAUUAAUUUGUUGGCGCAGGGGGGAGGUAUCUAUUUAGACUUACUCCCCUUAUGUCAGGGUAAAUCAUACCAAAAUUCUUCCCCUUAGCUUUCAAGGCAUCAGAUGGUUUUCAGACGCAUGACUUGCCUUACAGUUGGUGGGGACCUGUAUGCCUCUAGCCCUGUGCAACUGAAAUGAUAUCUUUGCAUGGCUAACUACUUCCAUAUCUAUGUAAACACUGUAGGCUUACUGGCUCCAGUAAGACACUGAGCUCUUCCUCGCUUGAAGUCCUUUUCCACACCCAGACAUUCUCUUCUAGUUUUAACGUGUGAAGUGCGAAAGCUUUUUUGCAGGAAAGAUGCAUACUCACUUGUGCUUUUCCCUCAAGUGGUUGUUAUGGUCUGUGCCAAGAUGGUUAUUGAAGACUCUAGUCUAUCCCCUGGAAGGAGAGCUGUCCCAUGACAAUCUGGAGACUGAAACUUUGUGGUCAGAAUCUUUUUUUACUGCUUGUUCUGUCAAUAUUGUAGUCUCAUUAAUCCAUCCUUCAGACUUCUCUAUCACAGUGUCAGUGAAGUUCUUUUCCUGUCACACUUCCCACAUCAAUUAGCACUUUAUUGCUUCAGCCUUGGUCUGUGUUCCAGGCACUUCAGUUUAUAGCUUAAGGAUGAAACAAGCUGCAAGACUUCAGCCUGGUAAUAUAGGGGAACAAGCCUUCUGGACUGCCCUGUCCGUGAACUUCAGUAGGUUGGAGAGAUGGGUUUUUGUUUUAAUAAAGCAAUAAUUAACUAUUGUAGCAAAGGUGCGUUAUCAUAUCAGGAAAUUCCUUUCAUUUGCCUUAGGCCAGACACCUUGGCCUGUUACAAUGAACUGUGGAUAUGUGCACAUUCUCCUUGUUAGUAAAUCCAGGUUUCCUUUUUUCUUCAAAGUAAAGAUGUUACCAAGUAAAGCUAUAGCAAGACUUGGCCAUGCUUGUGGCUGUUCCUUAAGAACUAUUUUAGGGCAUCAGUUAGCAAGGGUAUUCUUAGUUGAUGGAGAUCUUGUCUCUGUUAUCCUCGUAUUCAUACUGCAUCUGUAUAUCGCUAAAAUCUGUCAUAAAAGACACUUCAGAUUUUUGCUUAAGUAGCUGUUCAUGUAAUAUUCAUUGGAUAUGACUUAAAUAUUUUCUCACUUCAACAGAAGUGGAGUGUAAACAACACUUGUACACAUCAAAUAGAUACGGUAUAAAUUUAGGUGUGUGGGGGAUAUGGUUUUUAUCUCCAGUGAGUUACAACUUUAAAAGCGUUUCAACUUUCAUAGUAUACUACAGCUUAGCUUACACAGGUCCAUGGCUGUCUGCCUUGAGGAAACAAAACUGCCCUUCCCGUGCUUCAUGGGUCCUUCCUCAGUCCAGCUUUACUGUGCUGAGUAUCAGCUUCAGACAGCUCUAGAGGAACAGAAGUUGUCCUUGGUACCCAUACCACUGUUGAGGUGAAGGGCCCGUCAUAUGACCCAACAUGUGGAUACCUAUGAAGGAAAGGUCUGCGCAUCUGACCUCCUUUGAGAGCAAAAUAUCUGCCUUCCUCAACUUGAAAGCCUUAUCAAAAGCAGGGAUGCUCUGCCCAGUUCCAAAAGUGACUGAAGCUCUGCAUUCCUCCCCAGGACCCCAGACUGGCAGAAGGCUAAGAAAUGACUGGGUACUGUCUGGAAAGGUUAAUGUUGAGGCAAAGCAAGUUUGAAAAAACUGAUUUUACUACAGUAGAUGUCCAGUCAAUCAAAGUCCCAAUUUUAAGCCAGUCUCCUAGAAUGAGGUGAGCGACUGGGCGAUUCUCAAAGCAGCAAGAGCUGUAGCUUUGUCUAAUCAAAUUUCUUUUCUUUAAAGUUGGAGGGUCUUUUUGAGGGAUACUCCUUCCUGCCCUGCAACCCAGGCCUUUGUACUUCAGAAUUACCAGUGCUGUGGACUUUCUGAAACUCUUAACUACAGAAGUAAUAUGGGUAUCUGUCUUGUUCCUUUGACCUGUUUUUGCACUUGCAUCUGCAGCUGUUCCAACCACUUGUGACUUGACCAACUAAUUCUAGUCUCUUGGAGGAAGAAGAGCUUUUGUCAUGGCUUGUUUCUGGAGCCUGAGGUUCAGCUUACUAAGCUUGUUAUAGGUGGAAGCAGUGGGAAAAGGAACUGUUCUCUUCAUCGUGCCCAGCACCUUGAUGCUGCUUUCAAAGCAAGACUUGUGGUGUCAGACUUGCAGCAGUAGCCUAAAGAUAUCUUAGGAAAGUGGGAGAGGAGAAAGCUUAAGCUGCUGAUACCUAGUAUCAUACCCCGAGAUGCAUGGACUUUGUCCAGUCCUAAUCUGAAAUACUCUUCUCCCAAAAUAAGGCAAUACUAGUCUUGUGAUGUGGGCGGGUGGCCUUUAUUUGCCCAGUGAACUCAAUCUUAAAUGCAAUCUGAAUUUUUUUUUGAGUCUUAGAGGUGAAGUCAUCUUUUUCAUGUCUUGUCAAGACACAUGAGGCUGCUGAAGUGUGCACUUGUAGAUUAUUACAGUAGUCUGAUAGUGCAGCUCAAGAUUACAGCACAAUGACUCUGUCAUGUGCUCUCUUUAGUUUCAAACUGGGAUUAGAAAAACCAUUAGCAGAGCUCUUCCACAGGUAGCCUCAUGUGGUAUACAUACACACAUCUUUCUCCUCAUUGGAUGUAAGUAGCACUUUGUCAUAAACCCCAAGGACUCUCUCAAUUGGAUAGAAAGUUGCAGAACUACUACUCUUUGAUGGUUAGGCUGGUCCAACCAUCGCCUUUGUCAGUGUCUGGAGAGAUCUGAAGAUUGUGGGUGAGCACUGGGACUUGCUCUUAGUGAACAUGAGGAACUUAGAUCAGAUCUGCCAGCGUUUUUAACGGUCCCUGGAUUAGCUUCUAAAUUGAAGGUGUUUUCAGAUGGGUCUGGCAGUGUUGUAGUUGCACUGUAAAGACAGACACUUGAACUUCCCUGCAGUCUCUUUCCUGAGCAUUUUUCUGCAGUUCCUGUUCAUGAAGAUAUAGGUUACAAAGAUGGGGCAUUAAGCAAAGAUGUUGGGAACUAUUAGCUCCAGUACUGAAUUUGGCUGAGCUGUGUGUCAUCUGUCCUGGGUCUGUCACAAGUUCCUAGACCACAGCCCUUUGACACGUGGUGCCUUGCCCUUUUUCUCCUCCUCCUUUGACAUCAGCAUAUCUAGAGACUUCAGUAACAGAUCUGUCAGAGCUUUUGGGGCUCUUUUAGUAAGUGAAUUUCACUUUUAGUAAGUGAAUUUUCAGACACUAGGUAGUGAGGCAGCUCUGGCGAUGUACAAUGUACAAGCGUGCGCUGACUUAAAGGAACUUUGUGGGCAGCCUACAACUAGCUAGCCUUUUUCAAGGCUUAAAAAAACAACAUAUAUAAGCAGUGGAUGAUUUUCAGCUCUCUGCUCCUCUAGCAGUAGGGAUUGAGUCAUAGGAGGGUUUGCUUUGCUUAAUAGGUGACUUGUCACCUUACAAUCCCAAAGUUCUUGUGUCUAUUAACUCUCCAGCAGCAGAGCUGGAGGUAGGUUGCUUAAGUGACUACAUCUCAAAAUAAAGAGCAGAGAGUAACAACUUCAGGAUUUAAUUGCCAAACAGUUUAGUCACCUGGAUUGAUUCCAAGUUUUUUUUCUAGAAAUACUAUGCCUGUGCAAAGCUUAUAGAAAUUCUUCACAGCCUUUUUCUAAGAGACCAGAAAAGGCUCUUGCCUUGUGCUGCAUGUAUAAGUAACUCGUUGUGAAGAGUAUCUUGUUUCUGGCUUGAGUCAUGCUCCAUGUGUCCUUACUCCUUAGAUGAGUCUGUUGGUUGGGUAUGUCCCAGAGCCACAGUGAUUCAAAGCAGUGUCUCCUUCAUGGCUUCUAGGUGAAAAGCAAAUGGCCCUUCUUGGUGUGAGGACUUUCUGAGUUUUCACCAAGGUUAGAAUGCCUCAGAGCAACACCAGCCCAUGGGAGGGGUGCCUUGUAACUGUACCCCUUUUGUCGCUGGGAGUAUGUGUUAUGUUGACCUGGACUUUCUCAGCUGUUGGGGGAGGCAAAGCAAUUGCCAGCUUUCCAUGCUAUUGUAGAAGGGUUUCUAAUGUUAUCCUGAACAUCUGUAUUCUUGGUUUUGCUGGUUAACCAGUGGACACAAACACUGCAAUCCAGGGCAGCAUUUAUCAGGUUGGCUCUGCUGGUAUUGAACAGCUUUUUUUCCAAAUCUAUCUGAUAACUCUCCAAAAGCUCCAACCCUGCAUCAUUUGUUGGUUAAAGACUUUCUUUCCAUCUCACCCAAUGGCCUUGCCUAACCGGGUUAGUUUCAAUGCCAGUAAGGGGCCAGAUCCCACAAGGUGUCUCUACAGAAAGCCUUUUUGCUUCUGUCUGAAUGACAAGCUUGCAUUGUCUAUCUGUGGUCAUGCAAGAGCUUUGAUUAGAUACAGAACUCUUUUUCUAGGAUCUCCACUAUAGCUCUACUGGGAUGCUGACCCUUCUCAUGGCUCCUGACAACUGGGAAGUCUUGGGGGGAGGGUGGGGAAAGCCAAACAAAACCCACUCUUAUUUGAUAAAACUAAACCCUACUGCUUAGCCCAAGUCAGCAGCUUUCCAAAGGAGCAUGUUUUCUCAUUGUGUUGCUUGACUGUAAUUCCCAGUGACAGAUCGCUAGGCACUCUUCUUAAGAAAGCAUAACCUCUUUCUCUGAAAAUCCCAAGAUGAAGACAUCUGUGGAGAUCUCGGGAAGAAUAGACCUGUGCCCUUUUUGUUUUGCCCAUGCAGCUGUGUUAGAACAGGCUGAGUGACUUCUGAUGUUCUUGGUGAGCAGUUUGCCAAUUUGAAAAUAUUUUCAUAGUAAAAUUAUAUUCUGGAACCAUCUCUAAAUGCUGCCCUGAAAAAGCUUGUAUACUGAGACAUCCUCCUUGCUGCCAUGUUCUGAGUCAGAUUCUCUGGAGCUGACAGCUGCAGGGGAGAUGAUUUGCAACUAGCAAUGCAAUUUUUCUAUAUCUGCUGAUGUUUACCUUUAAAAUUAUAUAUAAAUAUAUAUAAAACAGUGUCUUUGAAUUUUUUCUUUAAUUUUUGUUCUUCUGUGUGGUGUAAGAUGGAAGUCAUUGCAAAACAAAAUGUAAUUUUGUUAUCUUUGAUUCAGUGGGAUUUCUUUAUUUAAAAAUAAAGGACUUAUUGAAGUCAGUGCUA